CUAGUGAUUGUCCCAGCUGGAAAUAAUGAACACAUGCUGCUGUUCUUGGAGGAUCUCCUGGGAGAAUUAUUGACCCUUGGUCCACAUCCUGCAAAAGUAGCUUACACUGUUGUUCCUUCUGCAGAGACCUUAGUCACUGCACAAAAAUACCACAAUGUUUCUGUGGAGCUGUAGAGUAUUCUCAUAUCAAACAACAACAGUGUAUACAAGCUUAUCAUUUCUCAAAAAGUUUCCUGAAUAGAUCCUGCUUCCUGUAACUGUGUGCAUACUGAUUACAAGAGCAGAAAAUACUCAAUUCAUUGUACUCCAUGUUAGUUGAGUUGCAUUACCUGUGGAAAGUUUUAGUUUUUUAUGUCCAUUUGCUUUUAUAUCACUCCUACACAAUCAUGAUUUAAAUUUCCACCUCAGCUGCAUUAAACAACUACUCUUCAGCCUCUUUUAUUGUCGUCAGCAGUUUUCAGUGAGUGCCAGCUAUUAUUUGACCUUUUUGCUUACUACAUCCUUUCAUAGCAACAUAUUAGGUCUCCUGAGGAAGCACAUAUAUGCUUAUAUGUUACUCUGUAUUUACUUUAGCGUUGGGUGGUGGCUCUGCUCUUCCCGCCUCCUCUUCUUCCCGAGGAAAAAAAAAAAGAAAAAAGAAGCACGAAUUCAUCAAGAGGGGCGUGAUCCUGGUUGGCCAGCCUGUGUCUUCGUCUCUCCGGCUCAGAGAGGCUUCAUUGGUCAGCGGCUGUCUUGAAUGAAGCGCCGCAGAAAACGUGCAGACACCAACAGGCAGGAGGAAGCAGUGUGGCCCGCUGCAGGGAGCGACCGACGCACAGCGACACGACCGCAGCCUUGCGGUGGUGGUCGGACACCUAUCUUUCGAGCGGAGGCGGUUGGCUCUCUCCCGGAGCUCCGAGUCGGAGAGUGAAUGAGGUUGAUGCUGCUCUGCUGCACCUGGAAGGACGAACGCAUGGGAGAGGAGGAAGCUGGAGGAAGUUUGCCCGUGUGUGCGGGAUGCAGACAGAGGAUCGAUGAUGAGCAGUACCUCCAGGCUCUCAACGCCGACUGGCACACCAACUGCUUCAGGUGUUGUGAGUGCAGCGCCUCACUGUCCCACUGGUAUUAUGAAAAAGAUGGACGGCUUUUCUGCAAGAAGGACUACUGGGCCAAAUUUGGGGAGCUGUGCCAUGGCUGUAACGACCCGAUCACCACCGGCCUCAUCAUGGUUGCAGGGGAACAGAAAUAUCACCCAGAAUGCUUCAGCUGUCUGAACUGCAGGGCGUUCAUCGGUGAUGGAGACACAUACGCUUUGGUGGAGAGAUCCAAACUCUACUGCGGUCACUGUUACUAUCAGACCAUUGUAACUCCAGUGUCCCUACCAGACUCGCCAUGCUCUCGGAUCCCUCAUACGGUCACACUGGUGUCCAUCCCAGCCUCAGCUGAGGGAAACAAUGGAUGCAAGGGCAGAGGCUUCUCUGUAGCCAUCGACCAGCCGCUCAGCCCGACCAACGGCUACAGUCCUGAACAUGGACACACUGUCAGAGUUUCCCAAGUGGAUGCGGACUGCAUCAGCCCAGAUGUGAAAAACUCCAUUCAUGUUGGAGACAGGAUCCUAGAAAUCAACGGGACACCCAUUCACAACGUUCCUCUGGAUGAGAUCGACCUGCUGAUCCAGGAGACAAGUCGGCUGCUGCAGCUCACUAUCGAACAUGACCCUCAUGCUCAGGGGCAGGAAGGAGGCACCUCAGAGGCUGAAGACCAGGUAGAUGGCACCCUGUGCACCCCCUUGCCAGAGGGUCCCAGCCUCACGCUGCCAAUUACCCAGGCACCCAACCCUGACAUCAGAAACCUGAGAUCCCGCAACAUCACGAGGAGUUACAGCAUUGAUAAGUCGCCAGGCUCCAGUAAUGCAGCAUCUCCCAUCUCCCAGAGGAAAGAGAUCAAUCGAUCAGAGUCGCUCCGAGUCGUCUCCAAUCGGACUCACCGCAUCUUCCGCCCGUCUGAUCUCAUCCAUGGAGAGGUGCUUGGGAAGGGGUGCUUUGGACAGGCCAUCAAGGUGACCCAUAGGGAGACAGGAGAGGUGAUGGUGAUGAAGGAGUUGAUUCGGUUUGAUGACGAGACACAGAGGACAUUCCUGAAAGAGGUGAAGGUGAUGCGCUGCUUGGAUCAUCCCAAUGUACUCAAGUUCAUUGGAGUCCUCUAUAAGGACAAGAGACUCAACUUCAUCGCAGAGUACAUAAAGGGAGGAACCUUGAGGGAAAUCAUCAAGAAAAUGGACAGUAACUAUCCAUGGAACCAGAGGGUCAGCUUUGCUAAGGACAUUGCUUCUGGGAUGGCAUAUCUACAUUCCAUGAACAUUAUCCACCGAGACCUGAACUCACACAACUGCCUAGUCCGAGAGGACAACACAGUGGUGGUGGCAGACUUUGGCCUGGCGCGGCUUAUGGUGGAUGAUAAGCACGAGGAGAAGCUGACACAGGGAAAAUUGUCCGGCCUGAAAAAGCCUGACCGCAGGAAGAGGUAUACUGUGGUGGGAAACCCAUACUGGAUGGCUCCUGAGAUGAUCCAUGGGAAAAGCUAUGAUGAGAGGGUUGACAUCUUUUCCUUUGGUAUCAUGCUCUGCGAGAUCAUUGGUCGAGUGAAUGCAGAUCCAGACUACCUCCCCAGGGCGAUGGACUUUGGACUGAACAUUUCUGGUUUCCUGGAGCACUACUGUCCCCCUGAUUGUCCCCCAGCUUUCUUUCCCAUGGCUGCUGUUUGCUGUGAUCUUGAUGCAGACAAACGACCUGCUUUUUCCAAACUGGAGGAGUGGCUGGAGAACCUAAAGAUGCACUUGGACAUUGGUCUACCUGUGAAGUCUGAACUGGACCAGCUACACAAGGCCUUCUGGGAGCACCACAGCAUCAAACACCCUGAGAAUGGCCUGCACACCCACCCCGAGCAGCCGGAGUAAGGCUGACCACUACAGGAGGAGUGGGAAGGUGGGGUUUGCCCCACAGAGUGGGAGGGGGGCAGCAGCUGCUUGCCUCGAGUGGUGCAGCAUGGCAGUUGGGGUUAUGUAAAUCUCCCUCCAUGUUUAAAGCAGAUGACGAGGGGCAUAAGCUGGCUCAGGCUUAAUGAAUAGACUCAGGGGGAAAAUGCUGAUCUUGAAAGCCACCUGUGUGAGAUGCACAUCUUUGAUUCGGCUGAGCCUGAAGCAAAAGUGGAAUAAGUCAUAUGCAAUCAGACAACUUCUAAAACAUGACUCUUGAAUCAUGUAGACUGGCCACACCAGUAGAAAAAAACUCACUUAACUUACUAUAGUGUGUAAAUGUAGAAAAAGUCAUGAAAAAAAUCAAAGAAGUGGCCCUUCAGCUGCCUCACUCUGGCCCUCUACAAUACAUUUUGCGGUUUGUGUUUGCAGGUGUUGCUGUGUGUGUGUUUGUUUUUGCUUAUGGUUUGACACUCUUAUGAAAAAUGCAAAGAUGAAAGGCCUGUCUUCUCCCUGACAUGUUUAGAGCUGCUUAUACAAGUGAAGCAAAAACCUUUCAAGCUUUAAAUAUCUCACUGCAGAGUUCACAAUUGUAAAUAAUGCAAUCAGGUUAAAUCCUGGUUUGUCCUCAUUUGAUCAAAAGCCACUAAUCUUUACACUGCGCUCCCUAUUCAAUGUGUAGCACUGACUUUACAAUAAGGUACAUGUCUUUGGUAUAAAUUUGGUACAUUGCCGCUUAAUUUUAGGAACUGUUGGCGCAUCUCAUUCACAUUGACAUUCAAACUCACACCAGUGUACAUAGUCAGCGACACUGUAAAUGUUUUAAAUAUUGUAAAUGUACAGACAUAUUUUAUAUACGUAUGCUACAUUGCCAUAUUUUUAAUGGUUUGGUUGGAAAGAAAGAAAAUGAGAUUGCAGUUUAAAAUGCCUUUUUUAUGUAUAGGUUAAAGGUUUCAGCAAUUGAGAUAUAAGGAACUAUGGAACCAUAAAACAUUUCCAAGCUUCAAUUUAAAUUCAGCAACGAUUAAAUUACUUACCUCCAUUUGACAAAGCAUUUUUCAGCAUUUCAUCAGCCAUCUUGGAGUUUCAUGGGCUCAGAAGUAUGCUAGAACACACUUUAUCACACCAAAUUGAAAAAACAGGGCCAACUACCCUGAAUUGACUGUAUUUACAGGCAUAGCUAUACAGCAGCUUCACGUUUAACCCUGAAAGAAACUGCAUCACAACUGUAAACCAUCUAAUCAAGUCAAGAUUAGUUAAAAUAAACCUAAACUAUUAUAUGCUUACAAACUAAAUCUACAUAUUGUAGUGAACCCCCAUCCCCUACAGACCCUAACCCCAGUCUGUCCCUUGAGUAACAACCAUCCUACUAGAUAAAUUAAUCAGAUCAAACUUUAAUGUGGGUUAAUUAAGUUUUUGAACUUGCUGUAACUGAGGUUCCAUUAUUUUCUGAUGGCAAUCAUCCUGUUAUUGGUGUUUCACUCUAUUCUCAUGUACUGUACUGUAGUUAAGGUAAAUAACAUCACCAGGUACUGCCUCACCAUGUCAGCAUUCUGUCCACAAAACGUUUUCUCCUCCUGAGGAUGACCCACUCUUUGUUUACAUGUAAAGCUAGCUGUACUAUAAAUAUCUCUGUAUAUACCUGUCUAUACAUCUGUCUGCAAACAUUGCUUAAACAUGCACAUGUCAAUAACAAUAUCUAACACUGUCACAGCUCUCUCUUGCACCUUCUCUAAAAAUAUUUUUUACUUCUUUUAAAUACCUGUUUCCACGAGCUGCAUGAUAUACGAGCUAGGUCUCUUCAGCUUCUACUCUGGGCUUCUUCGUUUUUUUCUCUGAAUAUUGUGUUAAACUGAGGCUGAAAAGAAAAUGAAAAGAAAAAAAAACAGCAUCUGUUUUUUAUAUUUACCCACUGAAAUCUUUUUGUAUACAUUUGAGUAAUUUAAUUUGCACUAAAUGGCGGUUUGAUGCCAUGUUUGUUUAUUUUCUCUUUUGGGCUACUUGUGAUAAGGAAAUGAAUUAUGUCAGUUCAGGUUGAAAUAUGAAUGCAAGCCACUGAUGGAGCCUUUCAACUGUAAAAAAAAAGGGGGGGGUUAUGGGAAUUACUUCCUCUUGAUAGCAAAUUGAAUUUUAUAUGGGUGUGUUUGUGUGCACAGGUCAACUUUAACAAAAAGAAUAUAUAUAGACAAUAUAUUCAUUUUCAAGACUAACUGCUGAAAGUUUCCUGGGCUUUGCUACUGAGAGGAAGUAAUGUCCCAACUCUGCCUGCUGCCUACAGACUGGUCCUUUGUAAGUGAUGGCCUGUGUUGUUUCUGACUGCGUUGUACUGUGUGAUGCCCACAGAGGCUGCAACCACUGCUGGUCUUGCUGAUAGUAGAGCACUUAAACUAGCCUCCAUCUCCUCUUCCUCAUCAUACUCUUUUGGCUCAGGGCCGUAAUUUUACUGGAGCUUUCUUCACAAUUCUUCACAAUUCAGCAGCUUAAUAAUAACUCGCCUGUUACAGUGUGACUGGAAGAGCAUGUAAUCUGUCACUAGAUUGGCUAUUAACACAAACAUAUGCCUCUAAAACAAGCCCCUCCUGGUUGAUGUGUUUGUAUGUGGACAUGCUCUGUACACGAAUGGCUUUGCCGUGUUUCCUUCUUUAUUCCUGUGUGAGCCAUAUUGAGCAUGUUAGACAUGUCAGCAAGGGUGUGUCGAUGAUCACUGAAUGUUGCCGCAGCACUUUUUUGCAAAGGAUUGUUACCUCUGAACAAUGCUGUGCCUUUGUUGUAAGCUAGCCUUGCCAACGACCCGAAAACAUGAACUGAUUUUCUUUUUUAAUGUAUCAUAAGUGCAAGCCUGAUUCAAGCGGACUGGAUAUCAUAGCUGGUACCAUGUUGUAUAAGAUUUCAUCCUGUAUGAUAUUUAUAUUUUCCAGAUCUCCACUGUCAGUUUUGAUAUUUUAUUAUUAUAUUCCUGCAUUGUCUUAUUUAAUUUUUUACACAAGCUGUGAAAACAAUUCUGCACUUUAUUCCUGAACAUUUUGAAUCUAAGGAGGCGACUGUUUUCUUUUAAUUUUGUUUUUUCUUUUGUCACAGCUGAAAAUAAAACUGUUGCUCCUUUAA